UCGUCUUCGUCGCCUAAUUAAAAUUCAAAGUGUAUAUUCACACCGUUUAUAUCGCUCAAUAGCAGCGCAUUAGUUUUUCAGUGCUCAAAAUUUGUGAAAGCAGCUAUAAAACUAAGUCCACGUUAUAGCUACGCUUGGGCUCCCCUCCAGUGUAUGUUUUAUGUACAACAAGCCAGCUAACAAAAUGUGCCGACCAUAGACGCGAUGCGCGUGCCUUUGAAGACCAGCUAUUGAAAAACGAAUCCCCCCGUGCCGACCGACGAGCCAACAACAAACACACACCAAGAUCGGCAGCAACAAAAUACAAAUUCAAAUAUAUACAUUUUAUUCGAAAAGAAAUUUGUUUGCUGCGACAACAAAGAAAAAGUAACACUUGUGACCAAGUUAAAUCGAGUCUAGAGAAUGGUCAGAAAGCAAGUCGGUUCGGAAAGCAACGCGUCCUUAGUAUUAAGUAAGCAGCAGCAGCAGCAGGAUCGGGCGAAGCCGGAACAGCAACAAGAAUCCAAGCAACAGCAGCAACUGCCGGAGGAGGAGCAGCAACAACGUAUUGACAUUGACUUGACACCGGAUCCACCGACUGGCUACAAUUACGCCCAACAGGCUAAUGCCAUAUAUGCCCCAUUGAAGUCGACAACAUUAGCCAGCAGCUAUGCAAACGGUGGCUUCGGCUUUAAUCUCCAACAUGCCCAUCUUGCCAACAUGCCCUACAACCUUAACACGGUUCCGCCGCAGAAUACCGUCGCAAAUGCCCCGCUGCCCAUCAUGCCCUCGGAGAUUCCUGUCGAGGAUGAGGAGCGUCUCGAGCGUAUAUUCAAGCAGUUGGAUCGCGACGGGGAUGGCAAAAUUGACAUACACGACUUGUCAGCGGCCCUCCACGAGUUUGGCAUGUCGAGCGUCUAUGCGGAGAAAUUCCUACAACAGUCGGACAAGGAUCAGAGUGGCAAUGUCGGAUUUGCAGAGUUCCUGCAUUAUGUGCGGGAACAUGAGAAGAAUUUGUGUCUGCAAUUCUCGCACCUAGACAAGAAUCGAGAUGGAAAAGUGGACUUGGAUGAGCUUAUAUCUGCUUUCAAGGACCUGGGCUUGGACAUUGAACCAGACGAGGCCAAAAAACUGCUCACAAGAAUGGACAAAGAUGGCAGCUUAAAUAUUAGCUUUAAUGAGUGGCGGGAUUUCAUGCUCCUGGCACCCUCUUCGGAUAUACAUGACCUGAUUAAGUUUUGGCGGCACUCUACUGAGGAGAGCGGGAACGCUGCUCCAAGCUCAAUUUUGGUGCCGUUGAAUUAUGGUUUGACCGAGUUGAUAAUCCUUAUUUAUUACUACCUCGACAUUGGCGAGGAUAUGAACGUACCUGAUGACUUUACACAAAAGGAAAUGCAAACGGGUCUCUGGUGGCGUCAUUUGGUGGCCGGUGGCAUUGCGGGUGGAGUGUCUCGCACAUGUACAGCACCGCUCGACAGAAUCAAGGUGUAUCUACAGGUGCAAACACAUCGUAUGGGAAUCUCAGAGUGCACGCAACUUAUGUUGAAGGAGGGCGGCGUGAGCAGCAUGUGGCGUGGCAAUGGCAUCAAUGUCUUGAAAAUCGCACCAGAGACGGCGCUUAAAUUCGCUGCCUACGAGCAAAUGAAGCGUUUGAUACGCGGCAGUGAUAGUGCACGGCAAAUGACCAUUGCGGAGCGUUUCGUUGCGGGCGCAGCGGCGGGCGGGAUUUCGCAGACCAUUAUCUAUCCGAUGGAAGUAUUAAAGACACGACUGGCUCUGCGGAAGACCGGCCAAUACAAAGGCAUUGCCGAUGCGGCAUACAAAAUUUACAAGAACGAGGGUGGUCGUGCCUUCUAUCGUGGCUAUGUGCCGAAUAUUUUGGGCAUCUUACCCUAUGCUGGCAUCGAUUUGGCCGUCUAUGAGACCCUCAAGCGACGCUACAUUGCUAGCCAUGAUAAUAACGAGCAGCCGAGCUUUCUGGUCCUUCUCGCAUGCGGCAGCACAUCCAGUGCGUUGGGUCAGCUGUGCUCCUAUCCAUUGGCCCUAGUGCGAACGCGGCUACAGGCACAAGCUGCUGCGACAAUAUUGAACCAAAAACGCAAAACACAAAUCCCACUGAAGAGCAGCGAUGCGCACAGCAGUGAGGACACCAUGACCGGACUGUUCCGCAAGAUUGUGCGACAGGAGGGUCUGACGGGACUGUACCGGGGCAUAACGCCCAACUUCCUGAAAGUGCUGCCUGCCGUUUCCAUUAGCUACGUGGUCUACGAAUACUCAAGUCGUGCCCUGGGCAUCAAGAUGUCGUGAUUUGUUUGCCCCAAUAGAGAACGCGGGAUUAACUUUCUGGUGUCGCUGGCUUUGCUGUUCCUGACGCUCCUAUUUUUGUUUGCCGUCUGCGGUGCGGAUGGCUCCUGGUGCUGUGCUAUUGGGCUGUAUGCUUCAAUGUGUUGUAGCUUGGUGGUUCAUGUUAGUGGAUGUGGUCAGUGGCAGGCCCUAACUGGCACUGGGCAGUGUUCGAUGCACGCUCGUGCACGCUCUCUCUGGCGCGCUCUCUCUCUCCUGUCCUCUCUGUGUGUUGGCUUGGAGACGAGAGUUUUCUUGCUGCUUUCCUUAAGUGUAGAACUCUAAAAAAAAAGAAAAACCUCUUCCAUGCACUUGUUGUAUAGUUUUUUAUAAUUUAUAGUUGAAUUAGUUUUUGGUUAUUUUCUUAAAAUACAAAAUAAGUGAUACUAUGGCUAAUUUAUUUAUACAAUUAUGGAAAAUGAUAAAAUUAAGCGUAUGGAAAUCAACUUUAUUUCGAAACUUAAUGCCGUUGUUAAUUUUAAGUCCUAAUUUAUUUAUAUAUGUCUUAGAGUGGUUGCAGUGCUAUACCAAAAAAGAUAAAAAGGAAUAAAAAAGUAUGAGAUGUACGAACUAACUUACUAAUUAACUAUUACCGGGCUAGCUAAGUUUGCUUCUAAGCUUAACUUUCUGUGUAAACAAUGCAAGUCAACAAUUUAGACAACUAUACAUUAGGCUACAAGGUUUUAAGCGCGCCACUAUAAUAAUGCGAAUCAGGGCCCGUCUGCGCUUUAACUCAAGAUAAUACGAGAAGAUAAUGAAAAAUCAAACCAAUACCAUUUACUUAUAGCAAAAGAUUUAAGCUUCUAUACAAAAAGACAUAAUGAACCCCAUUUGUUAAGCUUAAUGUGAAGAUGAUAAACAUAUAAGAGAUGAUCAUGAAUAAUAUGAAGGAAAACGUAAAAUUAUGAAAUGUGAUGAUAAUAGUUUUUAUAACCAAUAUAAUUAAUGAUGUCUUACAACUUACAAAGGCGCUUCUGAGCGAUCGGUGGCUAUUUUGUUUGACGACGAGGCUGAAAUUUUGUAGCAUUUUAUUUGUUAAGUUUAGUGACAUUUCUUUCAUAUCGUUAGUACUACAAUAUAAUUGCAAAUAAAGCCAACGAGAUUAAUUGUGACUUUCAAAAACAAAUGAAAUAGAAGAAGGUAAAACACAAGCAAACAAACAUUUAAUAAAACAUUGUAAUAAUUUAUUUUUAAAAUGAACACAAAAUUUAGUUAAAUUUUCAUUUCUGCCAGCAAUCAUUUAAAACAUUUUAGUUAAACAAACCACUCGUACGACACAUACAUAUUUUUUAACUGUCAAGUCUUCGAACGCACCUUUCAUUUUAACAUUUAAUUAGUUAAUUGAUUUUUUGUACAUACACACAAAUAAAUAUAAUUAUGUGAAUGAAACUAAAUGAAAUCGAACUUUUUGUUAUUUAUUAAAGAACAAUGAUUUGAAA